CCGACUCCAGGCGGUCUGGGCCGGUACAGUUUUUCGAGUCCCUCCUCCCUCGGCGAGCCCGCGGGCGGGCGCCCCUCGGCCAGGAAAGCCUGCAGACGGGUGGCUCAUGCCCAGACUGGACGACCACCUCUGGAGAGGUCCCUGCGCUAAGGGCACGAAGCACAGAAGCCACCCAAGGGCCAGUGCCAGAGGGCUGGUAGCCAAAGCAGGCGAGAUGAGCAACUCCUCGGCCUCAGGCCCCUCUCUGCUGGCGGCCCACGGCGCCCUGGGCACCGACCCUGCUCAUGGGCCUCAGAGCGCUGGUGUGGGGGGCCAGGGCGGCAGCAGCCACGUCAACAGCUGGCAUCACCACCUGGUGCAGAGAAGCCUGGUGCUGUUCUUGGUGGGGGUGGUCCUGGCCUUGGUGCUCAACCUCCUGCAGGUCCAGAGGAACGUCACCCUGUUCCCAGACGAGGUCAUCGCCACCAUCUUCUCCUCUGCCUGGUGGGUUCCUCCGUGCUGCGGGACAGCAGCGGCUGUGGUCGGCCUGCUGUACCCCUGCAUCGACAGUCACCUUGGGGAGCCGCACAAGUUCAAGCGGGAGUGGGCCAGCGUGAUGCGUUGCGUGGCCGUCUUCGUUGGCAUCAACCACGCUAGUGCUAAACUGGAUUUUGCCAAUAACGUUCAGCUCUCCUUGACGUUAGCAGCCCUGUCUCUGGGCCUCUGGUGGACAUUUGACCGUUCAAGAAGCGGCCUGGGGCUGGGCAUCACCAUCGCCUUCCUCGCCACCCUGAUCACGCAGCUGCUGGUGUACAAUGGGGUCUAUCAGUACACGUCCCCAGAUUUCCUCUACAUCCGCUCCUGGCUCCCCUGCAUAUUCUUCUCGGGAGGCGUGACCGUGGGAAACAUAGGGCGGCAGCUGGCCAUGGGUGUCCCCGAAAAGCCACACAGUGAUUGAAUCUUCAGACCCACGAUCCUGAAGAGUGGCGAGGUUUGGGAAGAAAAUCCGCUUGAUACUGGGUAGUGAUGAAGACUAUCUCUUUUCCUCAGUAAUCUUUUCAGAUGGGGCUGACUGUUCCAGUGAUUCCUGGGAAACACUUCACCUGUUUCAGAGCAGCAGCGAGGGUGGCUGGCCGCUGGUGUUGGCACCUUGCGGGAUGGUGUCCGGGCCCGCGUCCGCCGGGGGGCUCCACGAGCAGGCCGGCCGGGUACCGGGUCCCAAGGACUCAGUUUCCCGUGUUAUUAAAUGCCAAGUUGCCAUAUUUCCUAGCCUCGAACUAAAGCCUAACUACCAGCUCUGGUUUGGUAUCAGCGCCCCGGGGAUGGCUCGAUGGUGCUUACAAAGAUGAAGUGUGAUAAAAUAGGAAUAUUACUCAUCCAAAAGAUUUUAAAAAUAGGGCUGUGUUGUGAAAGAAGAGAAGGCGGUGGUGGCAGCAAGUGCAGGGCGGCCGUGCUGGGCGGGCGGGCGGGCACAGCGUGUCCCUGGUGCCCGUGUGGGCCGCCGUGCAGACAAUCGUGCAGAGAGGAGGCGGUGCGUGGGAGGUCGUGGCUCUGCGCUGCGAUGGGUUGGACUUUCCACCCCGGGAUUCACAGAGUUUGCCCAGAAUCCGCGUCGUCUCGAAGGGGGCACUUGCUGGCCACACGUCUCCGUCUUGGCCCAAACCGUGAGUUUUCUUUGAUACUUGGGAAGAAGACACAGCUUUUUCCCCACAGCCCUAUGGGAUUUGCAAUCUGUGAUUGCCUUGUGAAAAGAAGAGUGCGUACGUCACUGCAUUAAACAUUCGGUGUUUCUAAAUACUCAAAAGACGUGGUGAGCACAAUGUAUUCAUUUAAUGGCAUAGACCAUGUUGGACCUGGUCUGCAAGUCCUGGGUCUUCAACUUCAAGUGCAAUGUAUAGGAAACCAAUCUGAGCCUUGUAUUCUCUUUAAAUAUUUAUUAUUAUUAUUUUUUAAACAUAUGAGAUGUUAAAGAGGGUUCUCCAUUUCAGUGCUGCAUGGAGGCAAGUUCAGCAAUAAUUCUUUUCGGUUGUGAAGUCCCUUUGUUGUCGUGCCCUCCCGCCGAGCCCCAGUCCUUUGAGAUGCUCCCAGUCUGGGGGGUUUAGUAAACUUGUAAUUUUUACUUACAAAUUCACCCUUUCUAUAUUUUGCAAUUGAAAAUAUUUCGGUUGUUUUGAAUCCUGUGAAUGUGGCUUGAUGGUAAGAUUCCUCGGGCAGCCGGCAGUCGGGAGGCUGGGGACGUGGGAGCCCCUGCCGGCAGCCGUGGACUCUCCGAGUCCAGUGGUCCCCGUCUCAGUUUGCUUUUAAGGAAAAUAUCCUGGAGUAAAUUUUAGGUUACUGUAGUGACUUUGUUUUAGAGAAUCUCCUUUAAAAGAAAAUAGAACCAUUCUGAACUUUGCAAUGACCCCCUUAUGACAUUUUCUGAAAACGAGAACCAUCAACUAUGUGAAAAGAUUUUUCAAUGAGGAUGUCAGCGUUUUUGUGGGAAAAAAAAAAAACCAGAAGUUAUUAGAUGAAAGCAGUCAUUGAAUCUUUCCAAUAUACUUGAUCAUGCACAAUGAGUAUUUUUCUCUCUUAAACUGGAAAUAAAUUUAUGUCUGUUAGAAGCAGUGUAGCCAAAAGAUGUGAAUCUGAAGAAUUUCGUUGCCAAUAUUUUCUAGCAAGUAUAUGAACCAAAGUCAUUUGAGUUUGUGAAAUUGUUACAUAGUAUGAGCAGAAUUUGCACUAUACCAGAUUGGAACAUCUAGUGAGAUUCACAUUCAUACCAAGUUUUCAGCAUUGUGUUCUUUUGCAUUCAUUUUUUUUACUUUUAUUAAAGGUUCAAAACCAA